GCGAAACGGGUCUGGUUUGCCUGCACCCUCGUCUCCCUUAUCUUCCACCUUGAAAUGCCGUUCUUUCACCUGAGAUUGACUGCUUCACACUCAACUCUCAAUCAUGUUCCGCUGUUUGGUUAUGUGGUGGAGCCCACUCACUUCCCACAGAACACACAGCAUUUGAAUUAUCAUUUACCUGUUUUGAAGAAUUGGCCUCCCUUGUAUACUUUUGUUCAUUCAUUCCCUAGAUUUCAUUCUUUGGGAAACAUGCACAUCAGUGCUGACAUGGCUGAGAAAUUUGAUAUUCUCAAUGUCUGCCAUUCUAUACUUGGCAUGAAUUCAUAUGAGAAGCAAAGCUCGAUCGGGGAGGUUCAAUCAAUGCAUCAUACUGACUCUCCAGACAGUAUUAGCAAGGAAGAGAAGGAAAGACAGAGACGAAAAAAAAUAGGACUAGCCAACAAAGGGAGAGUACCAUGGAACAAAGGCAGGAAACAUAGUUCGGAGACUUGUGAGCGAAUCAAACAGAGAACAAUAGAAGCCUUAAAAGACCCCAAGGUUAGAAAGAAGAUGUCUGAGCAUCCCCGGCCUCAUAGUGCCCAGUCCAAGGCAAAAAUGCGUUCUUCACUUAGACGUGUUUGGGGACAGCGUUUAAAAUGGAAACGGUUAAGGGAGAAAUUAUUUCUGUCAUGGGUUGAAAGCAUAGCAGAGGCGGCUAAGAAAGGUGGUAGCGGACAGCAAGAGCUCUGUUGGGAUAGCUAUGAGAAGAUAAAGCAAAAAUUACAUCUCCAAGAGCUUCAGCGGGCUGCUGAGAAGAAAAAGGAAAAGGCAAAGGAGAGGGCAAAGAAAAGAGCAAUGACAGCAGAACAGCGCGAGUCCAAGGCAAAAAUGCGUUCUUCACUUAGACGUGUUUGGGGACAGCGUUUAAAAUGGAAACGGUUAAGGGAGAAAUUAUUUCUGUCAUGGGUUGAAAGCAUAGCAGAGGCGGCUAAGAAAGGUGGUAGCGGACAGCAAGAGCUCUGUUGGGAUAGCUAUGAGAAGAUAAAGCAAAAAUUACAUCUCCAAGAGCUUCGGCUGGCUGCUGAAAAGAAAAAGGAAAAGGCGAAGGAGAGGGCAAAGAAAAGGGCAAUGACAGCAGAACAAGUUAAAGAAAAAAAUAUGGCAAGGAUUGCUCGUGAGAGGAGAAAAGAUGGAGAAGUCUAUGAAGAUACUGAAGAGUUGACAGUUCUUCAAGGGCGGAAUUGUAAGCAGAGAUUAAUGACGUUUGAAAGAAAAACUUCAACAAAUGGACAAGAUGCUGCUCGAGGGGGCAUAGUCAUGUCGCAUAUCUCAGCUUUUGAGAAACUGGAUCUAGAGCUUAUAAAGAGAGAAAAAAUGCAGAAAGAAUUUUCAUUUGCAGACCAGAUCAGAGCUGCCAAAAACAAAAGAAUGGAAUUAACUAUGGAAGCCUCAUCCUCUGUUCAUGCAGCCAACAAGAAACCAGGGGAGUAUGCUUAAAUUUCCACAUUCCUAGCAGCAGUUGAAAUAGAGGUAAGAGGUGUAUGGAGGGCAACUUUUUUUCUUCUUUAAAGAGGGACAAUUUGCUUGUUUUUCUGUAGCUUAAUGUUCAUUUGUUGAUGGUUUGUAGGAAGAGAAACCAUCACUCUUGGACGCAUUUUUCCAACUAGUCGCAAGUGUCCGGUCAUUUGUUUUCAGGGCUUCAUUCCAAUGUUAUAUGGAAGAGGUCCAUCUGGCGACAGUGCAGUGUUUUUAUGUGAAAAAUUUGUUAGGUGAAUUUGUCAUGACCAGAAAUUAUAUCAUCCGCUUUCAAGCACAGGAAAUAUCUGAUUUGCCUUGCCAAUAUCCAUGCUGGUUGUGAUAUUGAUUUUAGACAGUCGAGUUAAAUUGCAAAUGUCUUACAACUUGUUUAUUGCAGAGUUGUUAUAAGCUGUAUAGGAUGUGUCAUGAUUUUUUAACAGUAGUAAAAAACCUCACGGAUUUGGUUCUUCUCUUUUAGUUUGUAAACAAUUUUAUUGUUCUGCAGGGGUUGUAUGAUGAAUUCAAACUCCACACAAUAGAGCCCCAAGGUUUUGUAAGUUAGACAUGUUAGAAAGGAAACCAUAAGUUCAGAGAUUUGUAGUUUGUUUUCUCCGAAAUAAAUUGGACAGCAGCAUCAUAUAUUAUCUUUUCUUUUCUUCAAA